UGAUAUUCUUGAAGAGCAACUUUCCAGAAGCAUGGCUCUGGAAAAAGCAUGCUUCUUUACAAGAUACUCCAAUCCAUUGCAUUUCUUGAGAGGAACUACUAGCACAUCCAGGCUUCUUACCGCUACUGAAGAACUGGAUCUACUGAAACUGGAAAAACUCCAUGAGGAGCUUACAGAGCGAUGUGGUGCUGAGCCAACCUUUGCACAAUGGGCUGCUGCUGCUGCUGGAGUUGAUUGGAAAACCUUAAGGGAACGAUUAAACCAUGGUAUUCUUUGCAAAGACAAAAUGAUUAAGAGCAACAUAAGACUUGUUAUUUCAAUUGCAAAGAAUUUUCAAGGAGUUGGGAUGAAUCGCCAGGAUCUGGUUCAGGUCUGUACUCAAUUUUGUGCAGCUGAAAUUAUUGACUUCAAGGAAGGAUGUCGAGGCCUUUUAAGUGGUGCUGAGAAGUUUGAUGCUUCUAAGGGACAAUUUGAUUGCCGGCGCGAUAUAUUUCACAUGAUUGAGGCAACAUAUAGAGUAAAGGAGGCUAGAAAACAAUUAUAUACUGAAAAUGGAAGGCAGCCAUACAACGAAGAAAUUGCUGAAGCAGCAGGUCUCCAGAUGAAGAGGCUCAAUGCUGUUCUACUUACCGCUAAAGCUCCCAGAUCACUUGAUCAGAACAUUGGAAUCAACCAAAAUCUAAAACCCUCGGAAGGAAUUGCAGAUCCAGAAGCAGAAAUGGCAGAAGGUAUCCUGAUCAAGCAGUUCAUGAAGGACCUGGAGAAGGCAUUGGACAGUCUAAGCCCAAGGGAGAGAAGCAGUUCAUCAGAUGGAGGUUUGGAAUGGAAGAUGGUAGGAUAAAAACUUUGCAGGAAAUAGGAGAGUUGAUGGGUGUGAGCAGGGAAAGGGUCCGACAGAUUGAAUCAUAAGCAUUCUGAAAGUUACAAAAAGAGAACUCAACAUCUACCGCACUAUUUGUUAUCAUGCGUCCCCAUGCAUACAGGAUUUAGAUUGCCGAAAAACCUUCUGGCAUAGUUGAGACUCAAAGCAUCUAUCUGGCAAUGCCAUUCCUUCUUCAUCAGUCAACACUAAAACUAGAUAAAAUCUCUGUGAUUUA